AUGGCAGCCCCCGAAGAUAUCCAGGUCAAGGAGCUUGACAAGCGAGCCUCUGGCCAGGCCUUUGAGGUACUCCUCGGUACCCCGACACCAGACGGUAAGGGUGACUUCCCCUUGGCUCCACCAAAGAAAAAGGAUGUCUCACUGGAGGAAAUUCAGAGGAAGCUGGAUGCUGCAGAAGAAAGGCGCAAGAAUCACGAAGCUGAGGUUUUGAAACAUUUAGCAGAAAAACGUGAACAUGAAAAAGAAGUGCUGCAAAAGGCUAUGGAAGAGAACAACAAUUUCAGCAAAAUGGCAGAGGAGAAACUCAAUCAAAAAAUGGAAGCCAAUAAAGAUAAACGCACAGCAAUGAUGGCAGCAAUGAAUGAAAAAUUCAAAGAAAAGGACAAAAAAUUAGAGGAGGUGCGAAAGAACAAGGAAACCAAUCAAGGCAACUUGGAAGAAGAUACUCCAGAAGACUGA